UUUCUUAUAUAUUUUCUCAUUAGAUCACUAGCAUAUUUCAAAACCGUCCGGAUUCUUCUUCCGCCAUCUUGGAUGAACGGGACAGACGUUGCCACGGCAACAUGGGAGAGAUACGAAAACAGUGACAUCAGAAUAGCGCCGGCCAAUGAAAACUUUCCCUACACCGAAAAGUUUACGGGGUGCGGUUUACCCGGAAGAUACAUCAGCUUGACACCCGGUUACAUUAGUAACCGGAAAGUCGGAUCAAAUGCUCUUCAUAAUAUAUAUGGGACGCCGAAUAAGGUGAUAGUACACGAAUGGGGUCAUUUCAGAUGGGGCUUAUUCGACGAGUAUCCUCGCUAUAACAGCUUCUACUACGAUGUAGAUGCCAAAAGAGUUGAAGCAACAAGAUGUGUAUUAUCAAUUCCAGGUGAAAUACGGAACAUGCAUACUCAGAAGGAAUGUAAUAGUCACGAGGAUUAUAACAGUGAUCUCUUGCCCGACCCGUCAGUGUGUAGAUUCUAUGACGAUAUGAACGCCAAGACCUACAGCGCAUCCAUCAUGUAUAAGCAAUACCUAUCCAAUAACGAACAAUUUUGCGAUGAUCCUACUCGCCCUGGAGUCCCUGAUUCAGUAGCACAUAAUCCUAUGGCACCAAAUGAACAAAACAACAAAUGCGGUCAGCGAAGCGCAUGGGAGGUAUUGCGCGCCCAUCCUGAUUUCGAGGACACGGAUAGUCUCGACCCUAGACCCGUUCCAAGCACGGACCCUGAAUUUGUCAUAGUACGCCAGAAGCUACAGACUACCACUGUUCUCGUACUGGACGUAUCUGGUAGUAUGGGAGGAGAAAGGCUAGUUCUUCUACAGCAGGCUGCUGCUAACAUCAUAGAGAACAUCCUUCCACUCGGAGCCCGUCUCGGCAUCAUCGCCUUCAACGAGUACGCAACCGUGCUCCACAGCAUCGUCGAGAUCGAUUCACAACAGAGGAGGGAGUCGCUGUUGAGGAGCUUGCCGAAGUCGGCGAAUGGGAGAACGAGCAUCGGUAGAGGGGUCGAAUUGGCAGUGCGAGAACUCCGGGAAUUCGAGAAUGACCCAGCCGGAAGCACUCUUAUUGUGAUCACGGACGGGGAACAAAAUGCUCAUCCCUACAUUAAAGAUGUCUUACACGAGAUCGAAAACAUGACCGUUAACACUGUAGCUGUGGGCGGAGAAGCAGAUGGCCAGCUAGAACUUUUAGCUGUCCACACUGGCGGGGAUUCCUUCUCACACACCGACAAGUCCAGCGAAAUAUAUUUGUCUUUCUUCAAGGCUGCGGCAGCUCAAAUGAGCCAAUCUCAGGUUAGUGCCGCCAUCAUUGACGCCGACUUCACCUCCAUCAACCAUCGAGAAACCUUCACCAACAAAUUCCACUUGGACGACGCCCUCACCGGUGGACUUAAGAUUACCAUUGCCUACAUCUGGUCGCUUAGCCCUGAUGAUGUGUUCUUUCUCCUCAUCAGUCCGGAUGGUCGGGUGUACCACACCAAUAUGGUCCCUGCCCGUUUUACCUCGGAUCGUGUUUAUAAGCAGAUCAAGAUCGAUCUUAAUGAAGAUGAUGUUGUGGCUGGUGAAUGGACACUCAAUAUAACAAACCAAGGUUCGUUUUCAGAUGAUUUCAACAUCGUCAUCCAACCACGUGUUAAAGAGGGGACCACGCCCAUACUAGCCACAGCCCAGUGGGCGGUACCUUCAGUAACCCCGCCCAACAGACAGAUACUCUACGUAUUUGUUCAACAAGGUGACACUCCUGUUAUGGAGGCAGAUGUAAGGGCUGUGGUGCGUCUGAACUCAAACGCCAGAGAAGAGAAUACCGUUACUAUCAUCCCUCAUGAUGACGGCAUUGGAGCGGAUAUCACAAAGGAUGAUGGGAUAUAUUCAGCUUAUUUCACAAGUUUCUUAGGGAAAGGGCGCCAUGGAGUCGAGGUUCAUGUAAGUGCAAACCAUGAAACGAGACUUUCUAAAGGCGGCCUCGUCGGCUACGGAGCGGCGUCCAAUCCAGAAUUCGCCGCCGAAGAACGCACCAUCGUCGUAGAAUAUACGGGCGACUUUCAACGCGAAAUCACCGGUGGUAGUUUCGAUUGCACCUCCACGGAUUGCGGAAACAGUUCCGUUGAUCUUUACCCUCCUGGUCGCAUCACCGACCUGAGUGUUUCAAGGGUCCACCAAGACUUUGUGGUCUUACGAUUCAGUGCUCCUGGUGAUGAUUUAGCCGCUGGUUCUGCUACAAAAUACGUGAUCCAUUAUUCGACAAACUUCACACAAAUGACCAAGGAUUUCCAAUUAAGCAACAUCGUGCCUCCUCAUUGGAUACCCGAUUUCACUCAGCCAAGGCGACCGGGAGCGGUGGAAAAACUGACAGUGUUGUUAAAUCAUACAGCUGAAACAACGCUCAUAUUCGGCAUUGUCGCCAUCGACGACGCCGACAACCAAGGCGAACGAUCGAACCUCGUCACGGUACGGUUGACGCCCAAAGCUUCACCGCAAACGGGUUUGCCCCCGGCUGCCAUCGUUGGUGUCGCGUUGUCGAUGUUCCUUGUCCUCUUAUUUCUACUCAUCGUCGGUUUGAUUUAUAUAUGGAGACGAAGACGACCGCCAUCGAAAAGUGAAUGCAACGGCAAACAUCCAGUAUCUGUAUGACAAGGAGAGUCUGAUGUUUGUUGAACUUUAAUGAACCACCCUGUACAUGGAUAUGGAUGCGUUCAUGUUUUAUGAGACACCCUGCACAAGCAACUGGAUGCCUACCGUUGCAUCGUAAAUUGUAUGAUUUUUUUAUGAGCCACCCUGUACAAGGCGUCGGAUGUGUUAAGUUUUUAUGAACCACUCUGUGCAAGUAUUUUGAUGCCAACCACUGCUUUGUAAAGCGGGAAAAGUAUUUGACACUGACAUUACGUAUCGUAUGAUAAAUGACUCUGUCUUUUUUGUGUGUUGGCAAUAUGAAAUCGGCUUGUUGGUGUCAUUUUGUCUGUGGUCGCCGCGUUGAUCUGUAUGAAAAGAAACGGACCCUACUAAGAUAGGUCUGUGCAAUAACGUGAAAGGAACUGCUGGACGUUUAACCGACAAAAUCAGUUUUAUAAGACAGUUGCCAUAGUAACAGUCAGAUAUCUGGGCUUCUCGGCCAUGUUAUUGAUGAUGAUACGCUCUCUGGUCGGCACAUUGUUUGGACAACAUUGCGAUGCAACGUUGGUGGCAGCAAACAGGGAUCGAGGUUUGAGACUGUCGUCGUGAUUUAUUUUUUAAUGAAUUCGGCAUGCUGCUAAACUAAAAAAAAUAUGAAAAUGUCAUGCUGGAAUCAAAGCGAAAUGGCCACGGAGUAUACAUGGAGCCUCCUUCGAACUUACCAAUAGAAUAAUGAAUCGACAUUGAGGCAGCGAAAAUGGAUCAUAAUUUCCCUAAUACACUCUGACGUAGGUCAGUGCUGACUGUGAUUGAGUACUUAUGAACUAAUUUUGUGGCACCAAUUAUUAUGGAUGCAAAGCACAGACUUGCCGUUACCAUGAUUGCUGACUAUCUGUUGUGGUCAUCAAAUUUUGAUAAAUAUUUCGAAAAAAAUAAGCCAGUGAUAUAAGACCCUUCAAUCCUACAGACUUGCUAUAUAAUUUGACCAAGUGAGGUUCAGAUGAAUAUUUUAUUCUACUAAUAAAUGGAUGAGACAAUCAAUUCGAUGUUGCCCUAUUUCGUUGAAAGGUUGUUGCAAUUGUUAAACCGUUUCAUAGUUUAAUGUAAACUCUGAAACUAUUCUCAAAUUACUGUACACUCGUCUAAUGAGAUAAGCGACAAUAGUAAACUGGGCAUCCCCCCCCCAUCCUUACUAUGCGUGUCAGUAUGCCUACUGUAAUAAAAAUACUGUUUGAAAUUUUAAGCACUAUGCUCUUUUAAAACAAUUUUGAUUUCUUUUUAUCUUUUUAAGUUGUAUAAACUUCAUCUGUUAUACACACAAAAGUUUACCCAUCUUGUUUUUAAGUUUAAACAACUUCAAAAGUCUAAACAAUAGUUGUCAAAGUGACGGGCUUUGAUAGAACGUGUUUGGAAAUUUCAACAACGUUUUUUAUAUGCACAGUCACACCAAAGCAAUCGAUUCCAAAUCGACCAUUGGGAUUUCAUUAGAGAUAAUAAUGGAUUUGUUCGGUACGGAUAUCGUUUUUCAGGUGCGCCUGCAACACCAUAGCAUAGCAAGGGGAAUCUUUUUUUAAUCAAAUAUACAGUAUAUAAGUGUUUUCGUUUAUCCAACAUAAAUUAUUGCCAAAUAUUUGAACCGUUAUUGUGUAUAAAUGUUGUCUAUUCAUAAUAGACUCUUCAUUGUUUUAUUGUAAGAAAAGAUCCUCUUAAUUGCCUGGUACUAUAUAUACACACAUUGGAAUCGAAUUCCAAUAAAAUGUAAAUUUG